GCGGGGGCGCGCGCGCGCGCGCGGGGCGGCAUGAAUGGAGCGGGGCGGCGCGAGCCGGCGGGGGGGCUCCGAGCGCCGUUCCCCGAGGAGCUCCCGCCGCUGCGCGUCGCCGCGUCCCAGGGGUGCUGCCGGUGCCUGGAGGUCCUGCUGAAGACAGGGGGGUACCCGGAGCUCCGCGACCAGGAUGGGAAGCGAGCCAUUGACCUGGCGCUGCAGCGGGGCUGCCGGCUGCGCGUGCUGCUCCUGCGCGACUCGCUGCACGUCCAGGGCUGGCCCCCUGCGGGGGAUAAGCCCCCCUUGGGGUGCUGCUGCGGCUGCUUUCGGGGCGCUGCUGCUGCUCCUCUGGGGGGGCCGGAUGCUGAGCCCCAUCCUGACCCCGCAGCCCCGUGGGGGCCCAGGUGCUCGCUGUCCUUCCUGACCGAGGGUUGCUCUGAAGAUGACCGCUCCGACGCGGGGCCCCUGAGCAGCACCCGCCUGUCCCAGCUGGGUGAGCUGGAACUGGGGAACAGCCAGGGGUCGGGGGAGCCCCCAGCGUGGCCGGGCUGUCCCCUGCCUUCCUCUGUCCCCUCCCUCCCCCUGUGGCCCCCCAGGGGCUCGGCUUUCCCCCCCCAGCCCCUCGCCUCCAGCACCCUGCUGUGUGCUGGGGAUGAGCCUGGGCAGGGACCCCUGAGAGGGACGGGGACGUGGGGUGGCCCCAAGCCCAGCACUGGGGCCAGGAGCCCCCCCCGGCCCCUGGGGGCUGGGGGCCGUGACUGCAGCAGCCUCGGGGACGAGGACGGCAGCACGGCCAGCGAGUGUUUCAUCACCGCGAUGGAGACGCUGGAGCCCAGCGAGGUUGGGGGGUGCCAGGGCGAAGCAGGACCCCAGGAGCUGCCCCCCCAGAGCCCCCCGGCUCUGGGGGAGCUGCCUGCGCUGCUCCAGGGCUGCGCCCUCGGGAGUUCCCCCCCUGGCACCCCAAGGACCCCUCGCAGCCCGGCCGGCCUCGCUGCAGGGGGUGGCACCUUGCAGCCCCCCCAGUUCUGCCACGUCACCCCCCGCACCAAGAGCCGCCUCCAGGCAUCAGCGGAGCGGCUCGGCGCCUCCUCUUCCUCUUCAUCCCUCUUUGACACCACCCUGGAGAUGCCCCGGAGGCCCCCCAGGGUCAGAGCACCCAGGGGUGUCCCUGGGGACACCACCACCACCCUGGGGCACCGCAUCGCCCUUGGGGGCGAGGAUGUGUCCAGCAGGGAUGGAGAAGGCACAGGUUCCCUGGAUGACACCCAGAUCCUCCCCAGGACCCCCAGCCAGCCCAGGUCCCCCCUGGGGGGCAGCAGCUCCAGCUCCACAGUGCUGCUGGGUCCUGGGGACCGCGACCCUCCCCAGGACUCCCCGUCAGAUCCUCAGGGCUCCUCCAGCUCCACGGUGCUGCUGGGUCCUGGGGACCACAGACCCCCCCAGGACUCCCCGUCAGAUCCUCAGGGCUCCCCCCACGCCACCAACCCCAGGGUGCUGGAGCCGGGGAGCCCACCCGUGCCACCCUCGCCCACCGUCCGCAGCCCCCACGGCACCGUGGAGCACGAGGGAUGGGAGCAGCGCAGCCCCGCAACAGAAGCCACCAGCCCCGGGGACCCCGCGGUCCCCAAGGGGCGAGCACGCACCCCGCGGGUGCUCUCCGACGAGGCGCUCCGCCGGCGGCUGCGGGUGCUGGGGGAGGACCCCGGACCCAUCACGGAGUUCACCCGGCGCGUGUACCUGCGGCGCCUGGAGAAGCUGAGCCGCAGCCCAGAGGGGCACAGCCCCGAGCUGGCGGCCGCGCUGCAGACCGGCCACGUCCCCGACUGCGCCCAGGACGAGCGGGUGCUGGCGCAGCAAUUCGACCGCCCCGACCGGAGCCGGCACUGGCGCGAAGGGCUGCUCAAGGCCAGCUUCAACUACCUCCUCCUCGACCCCAGGGUCACCCAGGACCUGCCGCUGCGCUGCCACCGCCUGAGCCCAGCUGAGUGCUUCAGGACCUUCGUCAAAGCCGUCUUCUACGUGGGCAAGGGGACGCGCGCCCGGCCCUACUGCCACCUCUCCGAGGCUCUGAGCCAGUACCGUGCGGGGACGAGGAAGGGCUGCCCCAAGGUGCGGCGCAUCCUGGAGAUCUGGGCGAGCGGGCAGGGUGUCAUCUCCGUGCACUGCUUCCAGAGCAGCGUGCCGGCCGAGGCGUACACGCGGGAGAGCUGCGUGGUGGAGGCCCUGGGGCUGCGGACCAUCACCAACCAGCGGAAGGGGAACUGCUACGGCGCGGCGGUGAGCUGGCCGCCCGAGCGGCGCCGGCGCCUGGGUGUGCACAUGCUGCACAGGGCCAUGCGCAUCUUCCUGGCCGAGGGCGAGCGGCAGCUCCGGCCAGCGGACAUCCAGGCUGGGCGCUGAGCACCCCGGGGGGGGGCACGGGGGUGCUGGGGACCCCCCUCGCCUUCACCCCCUUUCGUCUCCCGAGGAGGCGAGGGCAGCGUGGCUGCGUGUUUUUAUGUCGUGAGCGACGGCGAGAGUUUUUCCUAUUUAUUUUACCGAUCCCCUAAAUGGUGACGAAUAAAUCACGGCAGGGCUGGACGCGA